GGAGGCGAUAGAAGAAGAGGCGUUCGACGGGGGGGAACUUGAACCAAAAAGUGUCAAAGAAAGUGAGUGGGAGACAGAAAUCGGCAGCUGAUUUUGGGGAGUGAGAAGAGGGGGUGACUUUGGUGACCUCAAAUACUCUCAUGGUGUGAGAUGGCACCGGUUGCUCUCUUAGCGUUUUACGGAUAUGAUUGAAAAUGGUGACUGGAGAUCGAAGCGUGAGGGAUCUGUUGACGGCAAAAUUGGAUGGCGACCUUCCUUUACUUCUUGCCUCACUACGGCUGCGAUUAGGUCUCCGACAGUGUUCUCCUGCGACGGAACAACUUGCACUGCACCGACGCUACCUUGUAUUGUCACGUUCAAGAGCAAUUCGUCAACUUGGGUCUCCCCUCCGACGAGGAAACUCCAAGAGGAAUAUUCCUCUCCGACCGUAGUUUGGCAGCUUCUUCAGACGCCGGAGCUCAACGUCUUUGGCAAAAUAGAGUUGAGUUUGGUUGGGCGAGCCACGACUUGGGUGGGUGAACCUGAGUGAUCCAAUCAACAAAGGGAAGACAAGGGGUCAAAAAAGCCUAAAACCAAAAUCCCCAAACAUUACCUGCGAGUGUGUGGAAGUAGCAAAAAAUGGUGAACAAGAAGCUAUUAAGUCCUUUUCUCCUUUACCUAUCUCUCUCCUCUCUCAUUCUCCUCAUCAUUGUUACCCUAAGACACUGUCUUUUUAACCCCUUUUCCCCAGAUUCUACAACCAAAAACCUAUUUUUUCACAUACCCUGCUUUUGUUUUCUUCCUCUUGUUAUUCAUCCUUUCUCAUCCCCUCUUCUGGGUACUUGGUUUUUUUGUUGGAGAGCAUCUGAGUAUCGAGUUUUUGCGAGAUGGUAACGAUUUGCAUCUGGGUUUUGAGUUUCUUAUGUUUUUUUUUUAUCCGGGUUUGUUGUUUGAAUGAAAAUGGUAAGUCUGA